CGUGCUCAGCAAACCGUUGUUACAACUUGCAAGUGGACUCCGUGAUUCUUCGUGGUUUAAUUUGCUCCACGUGACUUCGUGGAUCCGUGUCGCGCGUCUAACUCGCCUGUCCUCCUGCCGAAAAACGCUUGGGUCCCCGCGCUCGAAUUGCAUGGCCCAAUCCAUCACGCACCGUGGCAUUGCCCCAUCAGCAGAUGAAUGCCGUCGUUCUUCCUAGCUUCCCGCUCCUCGCGGCACCGCCGAGCAUGCUUUGCCCUCUACAGGUCCCUUCUCCGGCAGGGCCAGCGCGUGCCCCUCCCCGAUGACCUCGCCCACGGUCUAGAACCGUCCAAACCCACGAACCCAAUCAAAACCCUCAUCCGCAAUGGCUUCCGGCGCAACAAGCGCGACACGUCCCCGCGGCUGAUCGUCUCCGCCCUAAAAAACGGCUACCGCUUCCUCACGCUCCUCUCGCGCGCCACCGCCGGCCCUAAUACCCCCGAACACGCCUUCGUCACCUCCUUUAUCCGCGAGAACAACGCGCGGGUGCUCGCCAUACAGGAAAAGGCGCGCGCCGCCAAGGCCGCGCGGCCCUCCAUGGUCCCCGAUCCGACCCGCAUUCCGGUGCUGGUGCGCGUGUCGGCAGACGGCGAGUCCCCCCCGCGCUACGAGCCCAGGCCAGGAAGUUUUCCCCGCCCGCUGGAAAGCCUGCCGGGUGGCGUGCGCAAGCCGCCUUCCCUGUGCGACGCGACGGGCAUUCCCUUCCUCCGCUUCGGCAAGCCCCAGCCGCGCUUCCUCGAGCGCGCCCUCCGCCACAAGACCACGCUCCGCCAGCAGAGGGUUCUGGACCUGCUUGAGAUGCAGCAUGAGUAUAUGGAGGAUGCGGCGUGGGAGGAUGAGUGGGAGUGGCUUGUUAGUGGAAUGCUGCAAGGCAAACCAGUGCCCGUGUACACGCCCGCGCAUGAGAGGCUGAAGAAGGGGAGUGGGCAGGGGAAGGGGCAAGGCGGCCCCAAGUGGAGUUGGACGGGGGAUACCUGGGGCUGGCGCAACCUCGUUGUUGGGGGGAAGGGCAAGGUAACGACGCAUCCGCUGAUGGGAUACCUUCCGAAGGGGGAGAGUUCGUAUCAGCAUACCCUGUGGGACGGGGUGAUGUUAUUGUUUGCGGAGAUCAAUGCCGAGAGGGAAGACUUAAUUGCACGCGCACAUGCGAUGUGGCAGAUUGUCCUGGCCGAGGAGGACCAGGCGCUCAAGGAGGAGAAAGAGAGGCUGGUGCGGGAGGGCAGGGGGGAUGAGGAGCCCAAGUUGCGGGUCUGGAGGCGCCAUGUAUGGCAGAAGAAGCGCCCACGGCCGGAUUCGACCGAGGGUGGCCGAAAGGAUGCGGUAUCGCUGCAAUAGCUGGGGCCAACGGGUGGAGAGGUGGAACUUGGUUGGUUCUAUUGAUGAUAAUACACAUGCGAAGGGUUCUCCCGGGGUAUAACCGCGUAUUACUCGUCGUAUACUCAACCGUAUACUCAACCGUCUGCGUGUCAUAACUCUAACAUGACCCAGAGCCCAAUUAGAAGAGUUGCGCCCUACACUGCUUCAGUCAUUCGUUUUGCUUGGUCGAAACACAUCACCGCCG